AUGGCCGGUCCAAAGGCAACUACCAAGGAGAAUAUCCAACGACCUAGCGACUCUUCAGAACGUGCCGCUAAGAGGAGAAAACUUGAUACCACACCACAAGGGUCUCAAGCGUCACAGAAGGCGCAACAAGGCCUUGGUUCUCAGCCGUCUUUUGCGGAUGUUCUUGAGAAACUGAACACCGAGUCGGAGGGAGCUGCCAGUGAUGAGGGUGGCGCUAAUAGCUGGGGACGACCCGAACUCGCACCCAUCAACGAGGACCGGGAUUCUAUCACAUUUCAGCAGAUUGAUAUCGAAGAGGCGGUCGACGCUCAGCGCGGCGGGAUCAAUCUCAGGAUGUACGGUGUCACGGAGGGUGGCCACAGCGUCAUGAUGCACGUGCUCGGUUUCCAGCCGUACUUCUACGUCCCUGUACCCCGCGGAUUUGACAAUAGCGACAUUGAGCCUUUUAAGACCUACCUCAACAAUGCACAAGGUGGCGUCGUUCGUAUCGAAUUCGUCAAGAAGAAGAGUCUGUGGGGAUACCGCGGUGACGAGAAGGCGCUUUUCAUGAAGAUCACCAUUGCUGAGCAGAAGAUGCUGCCGCGCAGGGGUGAAGUCAGCUUCCGCGACCUUUUUCCCGACCAGGUGGCCACCUUCGAGAGCAACAUCGCCUAUACGCUCCGUUUUAUGAUCGACACGAAGGUCGUCGGAAUGAACUGGAUCGAGGUCCCUGCUGGGAAGUACCAGCUGCUUGCGGGCAAGGACAAGAUAUCCUUGUGUCAAAUCGAGAUGCGCGUGCAAUGGGACAACUUCAUCGCGCAUGCUCCUGAUGGGCAAUGGUCGAAGACGGCACCGCUCCGUAUAUUGAGCUUCGAUAUUGAGUGCGCGGGUAGGAAGGGUAUCUUCCCAGAGGCGAAGGAGGACCCGGUCAUCCAGAUUGCGAACAUGGUUACUCGCCAGGGCGAGGACAGGCCAUUCAUCCGCAACGUCUUCACGUUGAAUACUUGCUCGCAUAUCGUCGGCUCACAGGUGCUCUCGUUCGACGAUGAGGUCGACAUGCUGCAGAAGUGGCGAGACUUCGUGGCGGAGGUUGACCCGGACGUCGUCAUCGGGUACAACAUUGCAAACUUCGAUUUGCCAUAUCUGCUGGAUCGCGCCCAUGCGCUCAAGGCCAGCGAGUUCCCGUUCCUGACACGCAUCAAAGGCAUGAAAACGGCUAUCAAGGACACGCACUUCUCGUCCAAAGCCUUCGGCCAGCGCGACUCGAAGGAGACGAACAUGGAAGGCCGCAUCCAGCUCGAUCUUCUCCAGUACAUGCAACGCGAACACAAGCUCCGUUCCUAUACGCUCAACUCCGUCUGCGCUCAGUUCCUGGGCGAGCAGAAGGAGGACGUGCACCACUCAGAUGCGUACCUGCCACAACGGCUGAUGGACAAACUCAUGUGCUUCGUUAACUAUACGGAGAUGGCGAGGGUCACGGGUGUUCCGUUCAACUACCUGUUGUCGCGUGGACAAUCCAUCAAGGUCUUGUCGCAACUCUUCCGACGGGCCAACGACGAUGACUACGUUAUCCCUGCGCUCAAGGGUGAAGGUUCGGAUGAGCAAUACGAAGGUGCCACCGUCAUCGAACCCAAGAAGGGCUACUACGAUGCGCCUAUCGCUACGCUCGACUUCAGCUCCUUGUACCCUUCAAUCAUGAUGGCGCACAACCUUUGCUACACAACGCUCCUCGAUAAGAACACGAUCGAACGCAUGGGCCUGCAGAAAGACAUCGACUACAUCCAGACGCCGAACAACGACUUCUUCGUCAAGAGCACCAAGCGCAAGGGCCUGUUACCGAGCGUAUUGGAGGACCUGAUCGCGGCGAGGAAGAGAGCUAAAGCGGACCUGAAGAAGGAGACGGAUCCGUUUAAGAGGGCUGUGCUGGAUGGACGGCAGUUGGCGCUCAAGAUCUCUGCGAAUUCCGUGUACGGGUUCACUGGUGCUACGAUUGGCAAGUUGCCUUGUUUGCCGAUUUCCUCGAGUACGACCGCGUACGGUCGUGAGAUGAUCGAGAAGACCAAGUCGGAGGUCGAGGCGGAGUACUCCGUGGCGAACGGCAAAGAGUACAAUGCGGAGGUCAUCUACGGCGAUACCGAUUCCGUCAUGGUCAAGUUCGGUCCUACAGAUCUCGCUACAGUCAUGGCUAUGGGGAGCGAAGCGGCGGAGUUCGUGACGCAGAAGUUCGUUAAGCCCAUCAAGCUGGAGUUCGAGAAGGUCUACUUCCCGUACUUGCUCAUUAGCAAGAAGCGUUAUGCGGGGCUGUACUGGACACGGCCGGAGAAGUACGACAAGAUGGAUUCAAAGGGUAUCGAGACUGUACGACGCGACAACUGCCGCCUCGUUCAGACCGUCAUCGAGACUUGCCUCCACAAGAUGCUCAUCAACCGGGACGUGAAGGGCGCUGAAGAAUACACCAAACGCGUCAUCUCCGACUUGCUCCAAAACAAGAUCGACAUGUCGCAGUUGGUGAUCACGAAGGCACUUGCUAAAGCUGACUAUGCGGCGAAGCAAGCUCACGUCGAAUUGGCCGAGCGGAUGAAGCAGCGUGAUGCAGGUUCCGCCCCCGCACUCGGCGAUCGUGUUGCAUAUGUUAUCAUCAAAGGGAUGAAAGGCGCUGCUGCAUACGAGAAGUCGGAAGACCCGAUAUACGUUCUCGAGAACAACAUUCCGAUUGACACGAAAUAUUACCUCGAGAAUCAACUGUCCAAGCCGCUCAUGCGUAUCUUCGAACCUAUUCUCGGCGACAAAGCGAACUCACUGCUAUCCGGCGACCAUACUCGCACCAUUCAAAUCGCGACGCCGACCGUAGGCGGACUGAUGAAGUUCGCUGUCAAGACGGCAACGUGCCUCGGCUGCAAGACGGCCUUGAAGUCAAACAACAGCCAAAAAGGCGGUGCUGUCUGUAACAACUGUCGUCCUAGGAUGGGGGAACUGUAUCAGAAGCAGAUCAAUACAGUCUCCGAGAUGCAAAUACGGUUCUCCAGAUUGUGGACGCAGUGUCAGCGAUGCCAGGGGUCGUUGCACCAGGACGUUUUGUGCUCCAGCAAGGACUGUCCGAUCUUCUAUAUGCGGAAGAAGGCGCAGAAGGAUGUUGAGGACGCUGGAGCCGUGCUUGAGAGGUUUGAUCAAGACUUGUGGUAG